GGAAUUAGGUGGAAAUAUUAAAGAAACCUAAUUCAUUGAAGAACAUUACAAUUAAAAAAAAAAAAGCCAAAAGCUAAAAAAUUCAAAAUACCAACCAUGCUAGUAAUUUAAUCCACCAUCGUUGUCAUAGCUCAAGAAAGAGUUACGAGUUCCCUCUUCACUUCUUCGAAGUCUUACUCACACUUUCAAAUCUAAAUAGUGAAAUUCUCUUCCUUUUUUUUUCUUCUCUCUCUACACAACAAGGUAAGGCACAGUUACACUCUCACUGUCAAACAAAACAUGAAUCUUUUACUUGCCGCAGUAACUCUCCUCGUUUUUUACGCCGUGAAUUUUUUUUACUCCAAAUUCUGGGUCCCGUGGAGAACCGAGCGUCACUUCAAGAAGCAAGGGAUAGGGGGCCCUGGCUACCGUCCGAUCUUGGGGAACUCGUCAGAGAUCCGACGGCUGUACGCGGAAGCCAAAUCAGAGCCCACACAUCGGUUUGACCACGACGUCUUGAGACGCGUGGUUCCAUUUUACGACAGGUGGUCUGGCGCGUACGGGAAAACCUUCCUCUACUGGUUCGGUUCAACGCCCCGGUUGGCGAUAACUGAACCGGAUAUGAUUAAGGAGGUGCUCUCGAAUAAGAGUGGGGAGUAUGAGAGGGUUUCGUUCAAUCCUCAAUCCAAGUUGCUUUUUGGACAGGGCCUUGUGGGCCUGCAGGGCCCCCAAUGGGCCUUGCACAGAAGGAUUAUAAAUCUCGCAUUUAACAUGGAGCUUGUUAAGGGAUGGGUGCCAGAUAUUGUGGCAAGUGUGACAAAGAUGGUGGAGAGAUGGGAGGAGCAAAGAGGAGGAAAAGAUGAAGUUGAGAUAAAUGUGCACAGAGAGCUUCUUCAUCUUUCUGCAGAUGUUAUAUCGAGGACUGCUUUUGGAAGCAGUUAUGAAGAGGGCAAGCAUAUUUUCAACUUGCAGGAGCAACAAAUGCAUCUUUUCUCACAGGCAGUUAGGAGUGUCUAUUUCCCUGGAUUUAGGUAUUUGCCGACUAAGAAGAACAGGGAUAGGUGGAGACUAGAGAAAGAAACUCGUGAAUCAAUUCUCAAGCUGGUUGAGACCAAGAACAAUGAGAGAGAAAAUGCAAGAAAUGUACUAAGUUCUUUGAUGUGUUCCUACAAGAAUGAUGCUGGUGAAGAAGAAAAGUUAGGGUUGGAAGAAAUUAUAGAUGAAUGUAAAACCAUCUACUUUGCAGGGAAAGAAACGACAGCUAAUUUGUUGACUUGGGCACUUCUUCUGUUAGCAAAACAUCAGGAAUGGCAAAGUAAGGCACGCGAAGAAGUUCUUCGUUUCGUUGGACACAAUCGACCUCCUGUUGCAGACAAUUUAAAUGACCUCAAGACUGUUAGCAUGAUAAUAAAUGAAACACUUCGGCUCUAUCCUCCGGCAGUAAUGCUAAUGAGGCAAACCUCUAAAGAUGUGGUGCUUGGAAGCAUCAAUGUUCCUGCUAAGACUCAACUCUACUUGGCAUUGACUGCUGUUCAUCAUGACAGAGAAAUCUGGGGAGAAGAUUGCCAUAGCUUCAAUCCAAUGAGAUUUAGUGAGCCUCGAAAACAUUUGGCUGCAUUCUUUCCUUUCGGAUUAGGCCCUCGAACCUGUGUUGGGCAAAAUUUGGCAAUGGUUGAGGCAAAGAUUGCUCUUGCCAUGAUCAUUCAGAGUUACAGUUUUGUGGUAUCUCCUAACUAUGUGCAUGCUCCCAUACUAUUUAUCACUUUGCAGCCUCAAUAUGGUGCACAAAUCGUUUUCAGAAGGAUCUCAUAUUGAUGGUUUUUACUGCUUUUUCCCUUUUCUGUCCCUCUGUAACUUUUAACUGCAUGUGGGGGAAUCAUUGUAGCUAUAAAUAUUCUGCUCCUUUGGCUUGUAAAACAUAUGAAACUUGUGUUAACUGGGAAAGAUUUUCAGGUUAAAGCACAAAUGCUGCUAUCUGUCAAUUUAUAUUAAUUUUAUAUGUUCUGGUAUA